AUCGUUCAUCACUGCGCACACCGCUACCUUGUACACAUCUCUAAUUUUGCACGGAUAUUUUGUAAUAGUUAUUAGUUUAAAGGAAAAACAAUGGUUAUUGGCGUCUUCCCGGCGGCCAAGCUCGGCAUCUUGGCCAUCAAGCAGAUCAGCAAGCCGAUAGCCAACGUGAUCAAGUCCAAUGCCAAGUCAAGCCCCUUCUUCAGGAAAUACAUCUGCAUGCCGCCCGCGCAGUUCUACAACUGGGUGGAGGUGAAGACCAAGAUGUGGGCCCUAAACAUGGGAGGUCGUGUCAAUGUUCCGCCGCUGAACGAGGCGAUGGCCAUUGAGCUGGGAGCCAAUCUGCUGGGCGAGUUCAUCAUCUUCUCUAUCGGAGCCGGUCUUCUGAUUUUCGAGUACUCACGUCAAACCAUCAAGGAGAACAAGAAAAACGAGUUGGCGCAAUCGGAGAAGAUGACACUAACCAAUACGCUGACGGAGAUGAACUUUCGGCUGGAGCGACAGGAUGCCCAGAUACGGGAAAUGACGCGAGUGCUGGCUGAUUUAGAUUCGCGAAACAUUUUCCGGUGGCACAAAGAGCCCAUUCAGGAAUACGUGCCCUUCGAUCCCGACACACCGGACCAGAGUGCCAGCGCCAGAAAUCCGAAAAAGUUCGACAGCUUAUAUGACCCGCAAGGCGGUAUGGCCUUCCGAGCCCUGCACUUUCUGGACACGCAGAUCUUCGUGGACGGACGCAAUCGCAAGGCCAAGGAGGCCCUCAAACACCUGGAUGAGGUGGCCGAGCAGCUGGAGCAAUCCUUGGGUGAGGCUGCCACCGUUGCCGUCGCCAGCUCAGUGCCUACGAAAACAGCUGAGCUUUGACCCAAUCGGCAGCUG